AUGGAAGAUGACGCGCUUACUACUGAAAAUGUCGUAGCAGAGGCAACGCCAGCUAAAGAUCAGCAAGUUACUGCUGCUGACACGGAGGAGAUUGACGUGUCGGUACCAACUGCCGUAGAAUCGAGUGAGAAGAAGGAGGCAAAUGCUACAGAAGACGACAAAGUGAGACACAAAGAUGAUAAUCAGGACGAUUCAGUGACUAAAGAUGACGGGGAGGAGAUGAAACCAGCUGAACCUGAAACCGAGAGUGUUCAGGACAAGGCGGAAGUACAAGCUUUACCUAUCCGAGCCUACUUGGACCAGACCGUUGUGCCAAUCUUGUUGCAAGGCAUGUCGGCACUUGUGAAAGAACGUCCAUCGAAUCCUAUCGAAUGGUUGGCAUCUUAUCUCAUUAAGAACAAUCCACAAGGUCCCAGUGGAAACAGUGAAGUCAAGUGA